AAAAAAAACAUAAUCAAAAAAAAACAUAAUCAAAAAAACAUAAUCAAAUAUUAUAGAACAAUAAAAUACAUUUGCAUGAUAUUUAUUUUUAGAAAAUGAACCGUUUUUAAAAAUACCAAGAACCCGUUGGCUCCUUUGGAAAAGUAUUUAAGAAGUACGUUACGGAGGUAAGCAUCCCUCCACCGCAAAAUUUCUAUCGCGGUCAAAUAAUAACCAGCAAAAACGCGAUGAAUUUUUGACCACAAUCGCCGCGACGGCGGUCAAUUUUUCACCGUGAUCGCGGCGAUAGCUGUCAAUUUUUAAUAAAUCGUUCUUAAAAUUUUGUGGUGCUCCUUUCCACUUUUACAUACUUUUUUUGUUUUGAAUUGACUGACUUUUUGCUUAUGAGCUUAAACGAUACCUACAAAAACAAAUCGGUGCGUGAAAUUAUACAAAUGAUGAAGGAGCGAAAGAAAAGGGCCAUUCAAGCAAAGGAGGAAGGCGAAGAAGAAAACAAAGAGGAGGAUAACGAAGGAGAAUACGAAGAAUAUGCUGAAGAUCCUGGCCCGAGUACACCAGUUAAAAGAAGAAGGCAAAGCAGAAACAGAAAAUACCAAGAACUUUUUGAGAAAAAAAUGGAGAAGGAAGCGGGAAGACUUCAAAAGAAAUCUAAAGUUGUAGCUGGUGAUGGCGCAAAGAAGUGUAAACGAUGUACAGAGGCAGGCGUUUAUAAUGAGGAAAGAGCUCAUACCACGACUAGAUCCCCAUUGUGUCCUUUUCAUCAGACUACGAAGCAAGAGGCAAUAACUGCUGCAUUAGAGACAAAAAUCACUUCAACAUUUACCAGAAAAAUUGGGUUGAAGGCAUCACUUACUUCCAAUAUGGAUGAGGAAACAAAGACCAUCUUUUGUGACAACGUUUUGACGCUCGUCAACUUUAUGCGCGAGACUGCAAUAAAAUCAAUGUUAUUCGCAAAUUUCUAUAUUUUAAAGCUAUUACAAAAGAACAAGGCUGACGAAGACUGGGUGCUGCCAAUGAUAUUUUUUUCUCCUGUAUUUUUCAAAUCCUGUCAGCAACUGGUUUGUGGGCGUAAUAUGAGCAGUAAUAACACAAUGUUUGAUAAAGCCGAUAUAAUUGAAAGUUUCAGACAGUACAAAUUACUGUAUCCGGGAGGCUCACAAGUUUCUACCGAUACUGGCGGAAUAUUUUACAGUAGUGCCCAAUCUAGUUUAGCAGCACAGAGUGCCACAAUUUUCUCAAAUCACGUAGUAGAAAGUUUUGAAAAAAGAAUGAAGUCAUAUUUUAUAUUUUGUCUGGCCAACUUUAAGUUCACAAAACCGGAAAAAGUUGCUCUAGCGGAAUACUUGUUUAAUAAAUGUACAAUGCUCAAAACACCUGUUUGGCCAACAAAUAUUGUGUCCUCUCCUGCACUCACGGAAUACUUACUGGCAUUAAUAAUGAUGUUCAAGGUUAGCAGCGUCCAUACACCUUUGACGGUCUCUAAAAUUUCUGAAAAUCCCGGUAUUGUCAUUACAAGCUUGUUUAAAAUCUUAAGAGCUACGGAAAUGUCCAAUGUGGCUCAAACUGUUGCUGCGGAGGAGCCUCAAGAUUCUGUAUCUUUACCUUGGGUUUACAAUAUGUUGAGCAUAACCUGUGAAAAUGAAGUUGAAGAUAUCAACAAAAGAAGACGGUCAGCUUUGGCAAGGAAGAUUCGAAACGCUAUUAAUUCAACAACACCUGUUGCUUUAAGUAAACCAUCAUUCCUGUCCGAAGUGAACUUUAACAAAGUACAAGAAAACGUUGGAGCAACACGUCUGCAGUUAGCACAGUCAAGAAUAUACCUCUCCGAUCCUGAAACCAGAGACCCAGAUGUUAUUAUACCCGAAAGAAAAGAUUGUUUUAUACCAGAAAAUUUCUCUAUUCACCAUUCCCGUAAAACGUUUUCCAUGAUGCCUCACUACGGACUGAAACGCCAAUACGUAACAAUUGAUAUUACUACUUUAAAAAUUCUUGUUAAUAGAUCUGACAAUAUCAAACGUAUUGCAAUUUAUGAUCAAUCGCUGGAUGCAUAUGCCCGAGAUUCGACUUACUUCAUGAGUCUAUUUGAUUUGAAAAAACUAGGACAAUCUGGAAGUGUCACUGAAAUGCUUAACAGAAGAAAAGUCAUGAUGCGUAAUAUACUUUGUACGGACGGGCGUUCGGCUGACUUUUUGUUUACCAGACCUGCAGUUCCCAAGGACAAUGAAGAUAUAAAGCUUGAAAUGAACGAUUUUGAAACAUGGGAGAUGCAAGACGUAGUCAGAUUGUGGGGUGCUGAUCCGGGUGUCACUGACAUCUUUGUUGCGAGCGAUGGAAAUGGAAAUGAUGCGCAUGAAAUAAGGUCCAUAUCGACAGCGGAGUACUACGUUAAAGCUGGCUAUAAAAAAAAUCAGGUAACAAUGAAUUCGCUCAAGCAAGAAGAAGGGAUUACUACAAUUGAAACGAAUAUUCCAACCCAUCGAACUUCAAAGCUAUCAAUCUUUGAACAACAUUUACAAUAUUACUUCACCCAUCUAGACACGCUAUUACAAUUCUAUGAUGGUCGAUUUACGGAUCUUCGUUUCUCUAAUUACCGUGGUCAGCAAAGAAUGGAUAAUGAACUUGUAAACAUAUUUUGUUCAGGCGGUAAAAAAUACAAUCCGGACAAUAAAACCCAUCCGCGCAGAAAUAAGGCAGAUUACAAGCAAAGGCGCGAAAAGAAAAAGAAAAAGAAGAAUAAGAAAAAAUUGACUUUGCAGGUGGGAAAAACUGUAUCUGUAACAACGAGCGGACCUUCAACCGAGACUCAAAAUCAGAAAUGGAAGAAAGCUCCCUUCAAGAACGAGAAGAAAGUGCCUUUGAUCGCCUUAGGAAAUGCAGUAUUUAACGUGACAGUAAAAGGAAAGCAAUCUGGUAUGCUUCAUAGGCUAAGGAAAAAGAUGGAAGAAGCAAGUGCAGAUGAAAGGCUAAUUCUGGUGUAUACCGAUGAGUAUCUUACUUCACAGAUGUGUUCCAAUCCUUCCUGCUUGCUGAAAACACUGGAGAAUGUUCGAAUCCCUGAUAUUGGAAAGAUCCACAAUUUGUUGACUUGCAACAGUUGUAACAAAUUAUGGAAUAGAGAUAUUAACGCGGCUCGAAAUAUAUACUCUAUUGCAAGUUUUAUGCAAAAAAAUAACAACUUGCGUCCAAAUAGAUUCCAAAGACCUGCAGUAGACCCCAAAUCAUCCAUAUCUAAGGUCGAAUUGGGUGCGAUUCAAGAAGUAUACCCUUCUGCAAGUGUACAAUGGUGCUUGUUCCAUGUAGCAAGAGCAUGGACAGGGAAAAUCCGGCAAUUGGUCAAGCCUGGUUAUACCCCACCACAACAACACCAUCCAGAACAAGAUCAUUGCUGGUCUAAAGACAAUGAUGUGGGAACCCGGUACCUGGAAAACGAUGCGUUUAUGCGAUGGUCCGCCGCAUACCAACCGGCCAUGUACACCAACAUGGAGACGAACAUGGAGACAAACAUGGAGACGAACAACUAUGUGGAGAGUUGGCAUAAUCAGUUGAAGACAACAUAUCUUGGUAGAAAAGGAAAUAGAAGGGUUGAUCGACUGGUGUUUAUUUUGGUGAAGGAUGUUCUGCCUGAGUACGGUAACAACAACAGUCGUAUCUUAUUGAAAAUGCAAGCAGAGGCCAUCGGUGCUGAUGCUCUGGAACAAAUGAUUGAAACUGCAACUACUGAUUUUGAUGGUAGAAGUGUAUAUGGUGUUUCUUCUUUCUCAACUUCAGAUGUAAGUUAUAACGUUGUGAUGGACGAUCUUCAAAUGAUCUCUUGCAGCUGCCCUGACUUCCGCUUUAACAAUAUCGCAUGCAAACACGUGUAUUUAUUAAAGCGGGAUAUGUCUCUGUUCACUGUAUUUGAAGUUUCUUUCGACCCCACUUUCUCAAACAUUCACCCGAAAUCUAUCGAUAGUUUAAGCGAUCUUUCACUCUGCUAA